AUGAGUGGUAAUAUCAGAAUUGCAAUUGACUCAGGUGGAACAUUUACCGAUUGCAUUGGCAGUAAAGGUACACAGUGUUUGGAUGACGAUGUAGUAAUUAAACUUCUUUCUGUUGAUCCAAACAAUUAUCCAGAUGCACCACUAGAAGGCAUACGAAGAAUACUGGAAAUCUUUCAAAAAAAGGAAAUACCCAGAGGCUCGCAAUUAGACCUUUCAAAUGUAUCUAGUAUUCGAAUGGGAACUACCAUUGCCACAAAUAGUGCGUUGGAAAGAACUGGAGAAAAAUGUGCUUUGGUGGUGACUAAGGGCUUUAAAGAUGUGAUUAAUAUUGGAGAUCAAACUAGACCAGAUAUCUUCGAUUUGAAUAUUAGGAAACCUUUACCUCUUUAUAGUAUGGUUGUUGAGAUAGAUGAAAGGGUAACCAUCGAAGACUUCUCAGAAGAUCCUACUAAUAAAGUAACUGAAAUCAACAAUUCUGAUAUAGUAGAAGGUAGGAGUGGAGAAGCGAUCAGAAUUCUGAAAGAACCUGAUCCAGAUCACAUAAAAACAGUCCUCAAUGUAAUUUAUGGAACAGGUAUUCGGUCAAUAGCUGUUGCAUUUGUCCAUUCUUAUACUUAUCCUAAGCAUGAACAGAUAGUCUAUGAUAUCGCAAAAGCAGUUGGGUUCAGCAACAUAACAUUAUCAUCUGAUAUAUCGCCAAUGAUCAAAUACUUGCCACGUACUCAUAGUGCACUAGCAGAUGCGUAUUUGACACCUGUUUUGCACGGGUAUCUAAAUAGAAUUGAAGAUGGACUAAAAAAUGUUAGCAUGCAUUCACUGCAGUUUAUGCAAUCUGAUGGUGGUUUAGUUCAGAAGUCAAAAUUUUCUGGUCUAAGAUCCAUUUUGUCAGGACCGGCUGGCGGUGUUGUUGGAUAUUCUAGAACUUGCUUUGAUACUGCGAAUGAAAUUCCCCUAAUUGGUUUCGACAUGGGCGGCACCUCAACGGACGUUAGUCGAUUCGGCGAAAACAGACUGGAACAUAUCUUUGAAACCACUACUGCAGGAAUAAUAAUCCAAACACCUCAGCUGGAUAUACACACGGUUGCAGCAGGUGGAAGUUCGAUCUUAAGGUGGGAGAACAGUCUCUUUAAAGUUGGCCCCCAAUCUGCAUCUGCUGAUCCUGGCCCUGCCUGCUAUAGAAAAGGAGGGCCACUAACAAUAACGGAUGCUAAUUUAGUGCUUGGGAGAUUGGUUCCUCAAUACUUUCCCAAAAUAUUUGGAAGAAGUGAAAAUGAAGGCCUCGAUAUUGAUAAAAGUUACGCACUGUUCAAAGAAUUAACGAAAAAUAUUAACAAUGAUCUUGGUAAGGCACUUUCACUAGAAGAAGUUGCCUAUGGGUUUUUGAAGGUGGCCAAUGCUGCAAUGGUUAGACCAAUUAGAGCUAUUACUGAAACCAAAGGAUAUAUGGUCUCUAGGCAUCGACUAGUUUCAUUUGGCGGAGCAGGAGGUCAACACGCAAUUGAUAUUGCCGAAUCAUUGAAUAUUGAUACUGUGCUGUUCCAUAGGUAUUCAUCCAUUUUGUCUGCGUAUGGUAUUUACUUAGCAGAUGUGAUAGAAGAAUCCCAAACACCAUGUUCUAUAAGCACAAAAGAACUCAGUUUCUGUGAAAGAAUAAAAAGUAUUUUUCAGAAGUUAGUAGAGAAGAACGUAAGCUCUUUAAAUGAACAAGGCUUUGACCAAGCUAAUAUUGUCCAUGAGAAAUAUUUGAACAUGAGAUAUGAAGGGACUGAAUCAUGCAUAAUGAUUUAUGAACAAGAUAACAGUUUAAAUUUUGAGAAAUGGUUUCUUGAACAGCACGAAAAAGAAUUUGGUUUCACCUUCAAUAAUAGGAAAAUUGUAGUCGAUGAUGUGAGAGUUCGGUCUAUUGGCAAAUCUAAUGUUCGCACAGACUCAUCUGUUGAUGAACAAGUAAAAAAAUAUAUUAAAAGACAAACAGAUAUGAUACAACCCCAACCAGAGUUUUCUCAACAAUGUUAUCUUAGGAAUAAAUGGCAACAAAUACCAGUAUUUAACAUAAAAUCAUUAAAAAUUGGUGUCCAAAUUAAAGGCCCUGCUAUUCUGGCCGAUGAAACUCAAACAAAUGUUAUCCUUGAAAACUGGACAGCGUCAAUAUUGAAGACUCAUAUCAUAGUUAAUAAGCAAGAACAAGAGAGAAAGAGGUUUACCGAAGUUUCGGAUGAGAUCAAUCCGAUAAUGCUUUCCAUUUUCAGCCAUAGAUUUAUGGAUAUAGCCGAACAAAUGGGAUCCCAAUUAAGGAAGACGUCUGUAUCUACCAAUGUAAAAGAAAGAUUGGACUACUCAUGUGCUUUAUUUGAUCCGGUGGGCAAUCUAGUUGCUAAUGCUCCCCAUGUUCCAGUGCAUUUAGGUUCAAUGUCCACUUGCAUUGCUGCUCAAGCCAAAAUAUGGAAGGGUAGAUUAAAAAAAGGGGAUGUGAUCAUUACCAAUCACCCUAAUAGUGGUGGUACUCAUUUACCAGAUAUUACUAUUAUAACUCCAUCAUUUUCUGUUAGCGGGGAGAUUAUCUUUUUUGUGGCAUCUAGAGCUCAUCAUUCAGAUAUAGGUGGCAUUUUGCCAGGCUCUAUCCCGCCAAAUUCUAAGCAUUUAUAUGAGGAAGGUGUAUCUAUAUUUUCUGAUCUUAUCGUUGAACAAGGAGAAUUUAUGGAGGAUCGUAUUUUUAGAAUUUUUGUGAAAGAACCCGAAAAAUAUCCCUUGUGUAGUGGGGCAAGGAAAUUUUCUGAUAAUUUGAGUGACCUGAAAGCCCAAAUUGCGGCUAACGUGAAAGGUGUACAACUGAUUCAGAGAUUAAUAGAUGACUUCACUCUAACCACGAUUUUAAAGUAUAUGAAAGCUAUUCAAGAUAACGCAAGAAAUACGAUAAAAAGUAUGUUGAAGAAGCUUACAAUAUAUUUCAAUAGAAAUGUUUUUGAAGGAAAAGACUACAUGGAUGAUGGCAGUGUAAUACAAUUAAAAGUUACGCUUUUGUGUGAAGAAAAUAAAUAUAUUUUUGACUUUUCUGGUACAUCUCCCCAAAUGUAUGGCAAUUUAAAUGCUCCACAUUCCAUUGCUAAUUCAGCUAUUAUUUAUUGCUUGCGAUGCUUAGUUGGUGAGGAUAUACCCUUAAACCAAGGCUGCCUUGACCCCUUAACAGUUAUAUUACCUGUGGGAAGUUUACUAAAUCCUGGCGAAGGGGCUGCCGUAGUUGGUGGAAAUGUUCUGACGUCUCAAAGAAUUUGUGAUGUAAUAUUAAAAACCUUUCAAAUAUGUGCUGAUUCUCAAGGUGAUUGUAACAAUCUUACCUUUGGCCGACGUAGUGAGACCGACAUUAAUGGUAAACAAAUACCAGGAUAUGGCUAUUACGAAACAAUAUGUGGAGGUGCAGGAGCCGGACCUAGUUCUAUAUUGAAGCAAGGAUGGAACGGGGCUGACGCCGUUCAUACAAAUAUGACAAAUACAAGAAUGACUGAUGUAGAAAUAUUUGAAAGGCGAUAUCCAGUUUUGCUACACAAAUUUGAAAUACGACAAAAUUCAGGGGGAAAGGGAAAGUAUAACGGAGGGAACGGUGUCAUUAGGGAUAUAUUGUUUAGAGAUGAGGUCGAGGUUUCCAUAUUGUCAGAAAGAAGAGCUCUCCCUCCAAAUGGUAUAUAUGGAGGUGAAUGUGGUCAACGAGGAUAUAAUUUAUGGAUUAAAAAAGAUGGAUCUGAGAUUAAUAUUGGUGGAAAAAACACUAUCAUUGCAAAAAAGGGCGAUAGAAUUGUAAUCAUGACCCCAGGGGGCGGGGGAGUAGGUUAUGGAGAGUGCUCUUGA